GAACGAACGAUUGAGCAGGUUGACGGACACUGUAGUUCCAAUUUGGAAGCUAUUGCAAUUCGUGACGUUCUAUUGGCCAGCCGGGCCGCUUUGCACCCGAGCUUAUCGCGAUAAGACACAUGCCCCUGCAACUUGCCCGUUGGAUGGAAUUUUUUUUUGUAGCGUCGAGAACGAGGAAAACCAACCUGGAAGCGCCCCGCCGCCUCGGUUUUCUUCCAGCACUCGACGUACGGCAAGACCUUUUUAACAACUCUCAACCUCGUCCAUUUUUGCCCAAAACCGCCACAAUGGCGUCCGACGAGAUUAUCUGGCAAAUCAUCAACCAGCAGUUCUGCAGUUUCAAACUCUCCACAGAGAAGAAGCAGACGUUUUGCAGAAACGAGAACAAUGUCACAGGUCUCUGCAACCGACAAUCAUGCCCGCUGGCAAACUCUCGCUAUGCCACCGUUCGACGCGCUCCGAACAAGGACACGCUGUACCUUUACAUGAAGACGAUCGAACGUGCGCAUAUGCCCUCGAAGCUAUGGGAGCGCAUCAAGCUACCCAACAACUACGCCAAGGCCCUGGAGAUGCUUGACGAGAAGCUCAUCUACUGGCCCAAGUUCCUCGUCCACAAGUGCAAGCAGCGUCUCACCCGUCUCACACAAGUCAACAUUCGCAUGCGGAAGAUCGCCGCCGAGGAGGAGCGCAUGGGCGAGAAGCUGGUACCGAAGAUGGCGCCCAAGAUCCGGCGUCGCGAGGAGGCCAGAGAGCGCAAGGCAGAGGCCGCCGCGAAGCUGGAGCGUACCAUUGAGCGCGAGCUAGUCGAGAGAUUACGUUCCGGCGCCUACGGCGACCAGCCCCUCAACGUCAGCGAGUCGAUCUGGAGGAGAGUCCUCAAUUCCAUGGAGAAGGAGGGCGCUGGCAAGCGUGAUAAGGACAUGGACCCUGGUAUGGAAUCGGAGCAAGAGGGUGAAGGAGAGGACGAGUCCGAGGACGACUUGGAGAAGGAGAUUGAGUACGUCUCCGACAUUGAGGAGAGUGAUGAGGAGCUCGAGGACAUUGAGGACUGGCUCGAGAGCGACGAUGAUGCCGAGGACGAUGACGAGGAGGAGGACGACGACUCUGAGGACAGCGACGAGGAAGCGGCUCGCAAGGCUGGCGACAAGCGGAAGCGCGGCCGGGCGGUCAAGAUGAACCAGAAGAGGCUGAAGCAGAAGCAGGAGGAGCGCCCCAAGAUUGCGGAGGAAUUGACCUGGUAAGAGGCUCGCAUGGAAUUCCAAUGGCGUCUGGCGCGGAUACCUUUACGGCUGAUUACGGGACGGAAAAUCAAAAACUGGGGGCAUUGUGCAUACUACCGUGUGUUGUGAUAUACCUA